AUGACCUCUGCGGCUCUCUCCCACCGGGAGACUUGGAGUCUCCUGGCCCUUGCGGGAGUUUGUAUGGGUACGAUGGUAAACAGCUUCCACGGUGACGGUGAUGGCGCGCCAUUAUUUGCAUCUGUCGCUUUCAGUGGCGUUGCCUUUGUGAUUACGUAUAGCCUGAUCCGAUGGCUUGGACCAGUGUUUAUGAAGGCUGGGUUGAAGGGAAAGGAUAUGGCGAAGCCGAAAAAACCGGAGAUUCCAGAGACAAUGGGAGCUGUGUGUGCGAUUGUAUAUCUUCUUGCGCUUAUCUUCUUUAUCCCAUUCGCAUUCUACAAAGACAUUGUCGCAGCUACGUCUGGAGGCGGUAAUCGUGAUGUUGUUUUAGAAGUUCAUCAUGUGGAAACUGGACGAUAUCUGCAUCGAUUUCCACAUGGACGGCUCGCGUCUUAUCUGUCAGGACUUCUUUCCCUGCAAUGCAUCGUCAUUUUAGGCCUUGGAGACGACCUCCUAGAUAUCAGAUGGCGACACAAAGUACUUAUCCCUGCAUUUGGCGCAAUCCCCAUGCUUAUCGUCUACUUCGUCGACUUUGGAGUCACCCAAGUGGUUGUACCAGCACCGUUACAGCACUACCUAGGCGACAUGCUCGACCUCGGAUACCUGUAUUACGUCUAUAUGGCAGCUGUUGCAAUCUUCUGCCCCAAUUCCAUCAACAUGCUAGCAGGCAUCAACGGGGUGGAAGUUGCACAGUCUCUGGUCAUCGCACUGUUACUAAUUGUCAACGAUAUGUUGUAUCUGGCGCCAAUCACGCCCUUCCCGCACCCGGCUAUGGACUCGCAUUUGUUUUCGAUUUACUUUUUGCUACCGUUUGUUGGGGUUUCAGUGGCGCUGUUGUGCCAUAAUUGGUAUCCUUCGAAGGUGUUCGUGGGGGAUACUUAUUGCUACUUUGCGGGGAUGGUGUUUGCUGUGGUUGGUAUCUUAGGGCAUUUCAGCAAGACGCUAUUGCUUCUCUUCGUUCCGCAGGUUUUCAACUUUCUCUACUCGACCCCGCAGCUGUUUAAGUUGAUUCCGUGCCCGAGACAUAGGUUACCUCGGUUCAAUCCUGAGACUGGACUGCUGAAUGCAUCGGUGACAGAAUGGAAGGAAAAGCCACCAUCGCGCCUAAUCGCGAUGUGCCUUGAACUCUUGCAGUUGCUGCAGCUAAUUCACCUGACAAAGAACAAAGACGGAAAGAUAGUGGGGUCAACAAACCUGACACUUCUCAAUCUUUGGUUGGUCUGGAUGGGCCCAAUGCGCGAGGACCGUUUGGCGUGGCAUAUGGUAGGCGUGCAGACUAUUUGCGGGCUAUUUGGAUUAUUUGUGAGACACCGGUUAGCACUGCUCGUGUUUCGGCAGGACAAUCGCAUGUUUAGUGCAUAG